UUUUUUCAGCAGGGGAGACAAGCUACAGACAGUAUCAGCAUGGUUGUGCAGUGUAAUAUCUCCUCCAGCCAGAAGUGGCGCUGUGGCUUCUCCUCUGCACUGUCGCGUUUUCUUCCUGACCUCUCGCUGAGGACUGAGGAAACGCUGGGUGAACUUUGCCCGCUUCAGUUUUUAGCGUAUUGCCAAAUCGCGCUGUUUUGUUUACAUUUUUUUGUAUUUAUUCGAAGUGUUUUAUCAUAUUUUUUUUUUUAAAAAGAUGUGGUUUAUUUAUUUACUAAGCUGGGUGUCCUUGUUAAUACAGGUGUCCUUUGUUACCCUCGCUAUUGCUGCAGGUCUGUACUACCUGGCAGAGUUGAUAGAGGAGUACACAGUUGCCACCAGUCGUAUAAUAAAAUACAUGAUAAUGAUCUCCACGGCAGUACUGGCAGGACUCUACCUGUUUGAAGGCUUUCCCAUGCUCAUGAUUGGGGUCGGCCUCUUCACUAACCUGGUGUACUUUGGCCUGCUGCAAACGUUCCCUUAUAUUAUGCUCAGUUCACCAAACUUCAUCCUGUCAUGUAUACUGGUGGUGAUAAAUCAUUAUAUGGCCUUCAAGUACUUUGCAGAGGAGUACUACGCCUUUUCGGAGGUUCUAGCAUACUUCACAAUUUGUCUGUGGGUGAUACCAUUUGCUUUCUUUGUAUCCCUGUCUGCUGGGGAAAAUGUUCUUCCAUCCACAAUGCAGCAAGGAGAUGAUGUGGUGUCAAACUACUUUACCAAAGGGAAGAGGGGCAAACGCUCCGGGAUCCUCCUGAUAUUCUCCUUCCUGAAAGAGGCUGUUUUGCCAAGCCGGCAGAAAAUGUACUGAAGCACUACACUUAAAGGGUAGAGGACAGAUGGAGGGCUUGGGAAGGGGUGAGAGAUGGGUUAUGGGCAGGGUUUCCAGGUGUCCUAGUGAACUGGAUUCAUGAGAUGAAGGGAGAGGGGGAUGUUUAGGGGGCCGAAAGGUAAAAGAACUAAAGAGAGAACCUGUGUGGAGUACCAUGUCUGGACGGAUGCACACAACCUGCCACGGACAUACGAGCUCCUCAACUGAACUAACAUGUCUGUCUCUCUGUUUUUCCAUCUGUUUUAAAUGAAGUGAGCACAGCCAAUGUACGCUCCAUAAGUAACCCUCAGCCGUGGAAUGUCUUCAGGCUCUGGUUUCCUUGACAGGCUUUAUUAAGACUGAUUUGGGACUGAAAUGACAGGGAGUGACAAUUGUCAAUUUUUGUGUAGAACUUUGUUUAAUUUGUGUCUGGAAUUUUGUCCAAAAAGUCUUUCAUUUUUAAAGGCUUGAAUCAUAGACAUGUGAUGCAGUGUCUUUA